AUGUAUUCGUUCAACUCGCUUCGAACAUUGCUUCAAUACAUCUUCGGUGUCCAAUCCAUUCUUCUCAACACCUUCUUGAUCUUCCUGAUUUGGAAUCGAUCCCCAAAGCAGCUCGGGACCUAUAAGUACAUGAUGAUGUACAUCUCAAUCUUCGAGAUGAUCUACUCGAUCAUCGACAUCAUCGUCGAGCCCAUUGUGCAUUCCUAUCGAUCAACAAUGGCGGUGGCAAUGUACACCAAGAAUUCCAUAUUUGGCGACAGUUUCAAUCAUUUUCUCAUCGCGACAUACUGCGGCUUCUACGGCUCCUCAAUGGCCAUAUUUGGAGUGCAUUUCAUCUAUCGAUACGGCUCAACAACAUUAUCGACAAGAAGCCGCUAUUUUGAAGGACACGCGAUCGUCGUUUGGAUUUCGAUUCCGAUCGUGUUCUUCGUUAUCUCGAUGAUCACUAUUGUCGAGCUUCUGCCCCCGAAUGAGACAAUGACAAAAUUUAUAAGAGGAAGCUUCUUCGACAAAUUUGGCAUCGGCAUGGAAGAUGUGACCUACGUCGGUGCCCACUUCUACCCCAUCGAUGAUCAAGACCAUCCCUACAUCAACUAUCGCUCCUUCUAUGGCAUCGCGUUGUUCCUAUCAAUGAUCAUGUUCUCAAUGUUCUGCGUUCUCUACUACGGCAUUCGAUGCUAUCUGAAAAUUUGGCGAGAAUUGUCGACGGCGACGAUCGUCUCAAAAGUGACGCGACGCCUUCAGAAGCAGCUGUUCAACGCGCUCGUCGUUCAGACAGCGAUUCCAAUGACGCUAAUGUACGUGCCGGUGGCCGCCGUUUUCACGGCCCCGAUUUUCGAGAUGGACUUCACCGCCAUCGAACACAUAUGUCCCAUCACGAUUGCCAUCUAUCCGGCCAUCGAUCCGCUUCCCUCAAUUAUCAUCAUUGAUGCGUUUUGGGAUGCGGUAUACGGUAAGAUGGAUCAUGAUCCCGCCGUAUUCCAUAACUAUAUCGGAUCGAGCAAAGAAGAUGCUCCGACGAUUCGGUUCGAGACCUUCCGAAUUCGUGAAGAUUGUCAAAACCAUCAUGAGAUGCCGAAAUUGUGA